AUGGACGACGCCAAGAAAUUAGCAUCCUGGAAGGAGUCCUGGAAGGAUUGGGUUAACAACAGCGCGCAUAGCCAAGAAGCCAAAAGAAUUCUGAAAGAGACAGGACCACGAGUUAUAAUGGAAGGGGUAUCUGAUUUUGUCGCCCAGGAAUUCCAAGCCAUGAAAGGGACAAAGGGAGCAAGAAAUGGGACUGACGUCCAAGAAAGCUUGAAUUCCAUGACAUUAGAAGAACUUCGCGAACACGUCAAGGGUGACAUUCCCAGGCUUGACGGGGGCGUUGAGCAGUGGAAAGCCAACAGACAGCACGGCGCAAAAAAGAUCAGCAAAAAAGUAGUGGAAUUUGUCGAUGACUUUGAUUCUUUUCUCGCCGGCUUCUCUGGCAUUGUCGAGGUUGUGAAACUGGUUGACAAUCAGUACGGCGGAACUGCGUCUGCUGUGCUGUUUAUUAUGUUCGCUACUGUCAAAGCCAAGGCUUUGAACGACAAGGCCAUCCUCUCUUCCAUGAAGCUGUUGGCACAUCGGCUGCCAGACCUAGACAUUUAUUACCAGGUCUAUGCGGACGAUAUUCUAGCCAAGAUGCUGUCCAAGGCAUACGUCGACGUCAUUUUGUUUGCGCAAAAGGCCACCAACUACUUUCAAGGACGAGGACUAGGUCGCGUUGUCAAGGGUUUUACCCAGCCCACUGUAUAUGCCGAUUUGGAACAAAGCAUGCUGCGAAAUUUCCAGGACAUUCGCUACCGAUGCAAUGCUCUGGUCUCGCAAAGAAUUUCUGAGCUAUCCCAGAGUAACACAAACAUAAAUGACGAGAAUGAAUCUCGCAAACUCCGCAAAAAGCUGCUCCGCAGUGGCCACUCGGAACCCUUGCCCAAGUCCACCCGGAACACACAGUUGGAUAAUCAUGCCAGACUACUAGCACACAAUUUUGAUCAGUAUAGGAACAUGUUUACCACCAUGACCGUUGCCAAGCUCCAGAGCACCCCGGAAUAUCGUGACUGGUCCGCGGCCCAAUCUUCCAUGCUUAUCCUCUAUGGCAACAACAACACGGAAUGCACCCACCCACCCCAGUCGUGGCUCUCCCUAGUAGGAGUAGAAUACACACAGCAACUCAUCCGCCAGAGUGUCGACAGUGCCAUCACAGGUGCCAAAACGAACGAUUUGGACAAUUUCAUCGUCGCCCACGUCGUUGGUCAACGCGGUGACAAGCACAUCGGCGCGGAGGAAGCCCUCGAAGCCAUUGCGGAUCAAAUUAUUGAGCAGCAACGGUGCGUCCUGCGCCGCAGGAGCGCUGCCGACCACAUCACCUUUCUGGCGGACAGCCCAACCCUGGAAGGCCGAGCGCAGCUGCUACUGGCUAUUCUCGACCAGUGCCCGCCACGGCCAGUCUUUGUCUUAAUUGACCGACUGGACCUGUGCGCUGAGGAUAAGACGUCGCGAGUUAUCACGCUGCUGAUGAACCUAGUACAGCUGGCGAAGGGUCGUCUGAAGAUUCUGCUAGUGUUCCGAAAGGAAGUGUGGGACGUGGACAGCCGAAGGGACUUGAUAGAGAAGGAAUGGCUAGUGUCGAAGAAACUAGUGCUACUACGGCGAGACCAGUUGUAG